CGGGAUAUUCAGUGUCAUCGUUGCAAAGGAUUUGGCCAUGUGAUUCGGGACUGUCCGAACAAGCGCACUUUGCUUCUUCGUGACGAUGGUGAGUACUCUUCCGCUAGUGAUUCUGAAGAUACUCGACAUGCGAUGCUUGCCACUGACCAUGCAGCUAUGGAGGUACAUGUCAACCCGGGCGACGCCGAUAGGUAUGAAAGUCUUGUUGUGCAGCGUGUUCUUAGUACACAGGUCGCCCCGUCCGAGAAGAAUCAGCGACACACUCUUUUCCAUACCAAGGGCGUUGUGCAGGAGCGGUCGAUUCGCAUCAUCAUCGACAGCGGCAGCUGCAACAAUUUGGCGAGUACCACGCUGGUUGAAAAGUUGUCUUUACCCACUCGUAAGCAUCCACAUCCAUAUCACAUUCAAUGGCUUAAUGAUGGUGGGAAAAUUAGAAUUACUCGAUCAGUCCGUGUUCCUUUCUCCAUGGGUGCUUAUUCUGAUUUUGUCGAUUGUGAUGUUAUUCCCAUGGAAGCAUGCUCUCUGUUACUUGGGCGACCUUGGCAAUAUGAUAUGCAGGAGUACGCUGAUGUCUUUCCAAAAGAUUUGCCACCAGGACUUCCACCACUUCGUGGCAUUGAGCACCAGAUCGACCUCAUUCCCGGCGCCCAGCUUCCGAACCGCGCACCGUACCGUACAAAUCCGGAUGAGACGAAGGAAAUCCAGCGCCAGGUACAGGCGUUGCUUGACAAGGGUUACAUUCGUGAGUCUCUUAGCCCUUGCUCCGUUCCUGUGUUACUUGUUCCAAAGAAAGAUGGCUCCUGGCGUAUGUGUGUAGACUGUCGUGGCAUUGAGGUGGAUAGCAGCAAGAUUGAUGCCAUUCGGGAGUGGCCUACACCGACGACGGUCACACAAAUUCGAAGCUUUCUUGGCCUUGCAGGUUUCUACCGCCGGUUUGUUCGUGAUUUUAGCUCCAUUGCAGCGCCUCUACAUGAGCUUACAAAGAAGGAUGUUCCCUUUGCUUGGAGUGAUUCGCAAGAGGUUGCGUUCAGCACCUUGAAAGAUAAGUUAACCAAUGCUCCUCUCUUGCAGUUGCCUGAUUUUACUAAAGUGUUUGAGCUUGAAUGCGAUGCUAGCGGUAUUGGGCUAGGUGCUGUUUUGUUACAAGAAGGAAAACCGGUUGCUUACUUUAGUGAGAAAUUAAGUGGUGCUAGCUUGAAUUAUUCUACUUAUGAUAAGGAGCUUUAUGCUUUAGUGCGCACUUUGCAUACUUGGCAGCACUACCUUUGGCAUCGCGAGUUUAUAAUUCAUUCUGAUCAUGAGGCUUUAAAACAUAUUCGUACCCAAACAAACCUGAACCGUCGUCAUGCUAAAUGGGUAGAAUUCAUUGAGUCUUUCCCUUACAUUAUUAAACACAAGAGUGGGAAGGAAAAUGUCAUUGCUGAUGCUUUGUCUCGUCGCUAUACCGGGUUCCUGUUUCGCGCUAACAAGCUGUGUGUUCCAGCUAGCUCGGUUCGUCGUUUGUUGUUACAGGAAGCGCAUGGAGGCGGUCUCAUGGGGCACUUUGGCGUCUACAAGACGCAUGAAGUGCUGGCUGCCCACUUCUUUUGGCCCCGGAUGCGCGCUGAUGUUGAGCGCCUUGUUGCCCGCUGCACUACUUGCCAGAAAGCUAAGUCACGAUUAAACAACCAUGGUUUGUACAUGCCUUUGCCUGUUCCUACUUCCCCUUGGCUUGAUAUUUCUAUGGACUUUGUUUUGGGAUUGCCUAGAACUAAGAAGGGGAGGGACAGUAUUUUUGUGGUUGUUGAUCGUUUCUCCAAAAUGGCUCAUUUUAUACCUUGUCAUAAGACUGAUGAUGCUAGCAAUGUUGCUGAAUUGUUCUUUCGCGAGAUUAUUCGUUUGCAUGGUAUUCCAAAUACAAUAGUCUCUGAUCGUGAUGCUAAGUUUCUCAGUCAUUUUUGGAGAUCACUAUGGAAUAAAAUGGGAACUAAAUUGCUGUUUAGCACCACUUGUCACCCUCAGACUGAUGGACAAACUGAGGUGGUUAAUCGAACCUUGUCCACCAUGCUUAGGGCUGUUUUAGAUAAACACUUGAAACGUUGGGAAGAUUGCUUGCCUCAUGUUGAGUUUGCUUAUAAUCAUGCAACGCAUUCUUCUACAAAGAUGUGUCCUUUUCAAGUUGUUUAUGGUUAUAUUCCUCGGGCGCCUAUUGAUUUAAAACAUGUUACUUUUGCACCGGGUGAUUUGGUUUGGUUGCAUUUGAGGAAGGAUCGUUUUCCUACCUUACGUCGUUCUAAAUUGAUGCCACGUGCUGCUGGUCCUUUUAAAGUGCUAACCAAGAUUAAUGAUAAUGCUUAUAUCCUU